AUGUAUCUUGCCGAGGUGGCCGAGGGCACACCGCGUGUUCUCAAACAGUAUAUGAAAAUAUUCGACUCGCCGUCGGCACAUGAGCCCGACUACACACUCAAGCUCCAGUCGGCACCUGUGACGCCGACAAAGUAUGAGACACAUCCAGAUAUCCAGUUUUUUCGUCUGGUAAAGACAAAACACCACUAUGCUUACCACAAGUCCAAGUUGGCCUUGUCCUCGACUGAGGAAAAUAUCGAUCACACGAACUCGAGGAUCUCGGGGUUCGAACCGUUCAACCGAGAACAGCUUUUACAAAGACUCAGAACCUUCAACGCGUUGAACUGGCAUAUUCCUUCGGGCAAGAAUACUGGUGUUCAGCUAAAUGAGCUUCUAUGUGCCGUAAAUGGCUGGACUUGCCAAUCCAUAGCGAGAAACAACAACGUCAAGAACCAUUUAUUGUGCUCAAAGUGUGGAAAUGAGCUUAUACUUCGCUUCAAUGCCGAAGAAGAACAGCCCGAAUAUGCGCCCUUCCAUUUUGACCUCGAGGAUAUUCAGGCGGUCAACUUGAAUCUAAAAGCGCAGUAUGCACAGCAAGUCCAGGCCUUGGGCCAUCAAUCCUCCUGUCCGUGGACCAAAGUUCUGACUCCGAUCAACACAGUAUAUUAUCUUACUCCAUAUCUUGCGUCCACCAAUGAGGCCUUGAUUAAGCUUCACUCCAAGACGUUGAAGAGCUUGUUUGACAACCUUGUGAUAAUGCAGGAACAUGCUGGUUUCUUGUCCCUGCUUUGUCCUAAGCCAAAGCUGAUAAGUACUUACGCCGACUUUUGCCGUGCAUCGAAUCUGUGGCUCUUGAGCCGAUACUUCAACAAUGACAAGGAAAACUUUGGAACGAUCUUGUCCAAAAAUUGUCCCGCAUGGCUCUACUGUAUAAGUGGCAUGGGCUGGGAUGUGUACACUCAAGAGUUCAAAGGUCAGACUGUCUUGCUCAUGAUCUGCCAAAGCUGCAAUCAAAGGAUAUUUUUACAAAAGUCCGCAGGUCCGGACGACAGCGGUUCAGGUAAUCAAGAGCAUCCCAAGGUUUUGACUCCUUGUGAAUACACCGCUGCUAUCCCUCAUGCAUCAUCCAAGUUUUCCAAUGAGUACAUGGAUGAAGUUAUUGAAGAGGAUGAACAGGAUAUUGAUCCAUACCUAGGUCAUAAAGAGUGGUGUUGUCAAGUAAGUGACAUGGCUGGCCAGCCUUACUUUGACUAUUUUAUGAAUAUGGUGGCCUCGCUGGAGGGGUAUAUUGGUCCGAACGGAGAGUAUCUCAAAGACAGAGACGAAUCUUUGGAUAUGGAUAUUGAUGCUUGUACAAAGCAUUCCAAAAGACGGGCUAGUUUUGACCUUCAGGAGGAAUUAGAAAGAUUCCGUAAACUACGGAAACCCUACUUUGCUGAUUAG